ACAUCCUUCACAAUAUGACCUUUUUCAGUACGCCUUGGAGUUGGAGAAUAUCAAUGACAUUGUCCGUGAUAUCCUGGACCGGAAAACCUCUGUCUGGGAUCCUUUCUUUUCCAGGUGUGUCUCUAAGAUCAGUGAGGAAAUGAGUCUCCCCGAAUCUCGAGGAGCGACAGGUAGGGUCCCAGGGGUUGCCUGUGUCGUGUCUCCUGUGCUUACACCAACGGGGACCUCAAGUGAUGGGGCUUCUCCCUUCUGCGAGUCUUCCCAGGGAUGCAUUUCCUUUCCCUCAGCCUCGGAGGAGCCUUUGGCAGGAAGCCCAUUUCCCUCACAGAGUGCUUUAAAGUCUCGGUUGGUGAAUGUCCCCUUUGCUGAGUUCCAUGGAAGAGAAGCUUCAUUGUGGGAUCUGCUGCAUUCUCAGUACAUUUCCGAGGAGAAAAGGAAGGAGCUGCUGCACCUCUAUCGGUUGGGUGAUCUCACCCUUGAUCAGAUGGCAUCUGCGGUGACCCACAUCAUGCACCCAGGAGAGGGGGGGGAAGAGAGUCCCAGUGGGGACUGGUCAGCCAGCAGCAGCCCUGAUUCCACAGUGGCAGAAGACGGUGCAUCCCAGGCUCGGCAUCUGCAAUUGAAGAAGACUUUGAGGACCACUCUGGUCCCCGUGACGGUGGGAGAAUAUAAGGGGCAGCGCCUGUGUGUCCUGGAUCUCCUCUUCUCUAAGUACGUCCCUCAGGAUAACAGGCAGGAGCUCCUUGAACUGUACCGGGCAGGGACUUUACCCCUCGAGGACAUGAUAAGCACAAUCACUGGCCUGCUGGAAGAGGCGGAAAGCCAGCAGGAGAAGCGAGAGACCCAGAAAAGGACUGGGCGCCGAAAAGAGAGGCAGGACCCAGGGGGUGACCUGUAAGCAAGGGGGGCAUCAGCCUAGGCUCCUCUGCCCCCCCCCCCUGCCAAGCGCAGCCUCUCUGGCUGCCAUCCCUUUGGCCUCUCCCUCCUCUGCUGCUGCAUCUGCCUGGGUGGGCAGUGGGAUUUCUUCCUGAGGUUGCCAGGGAAUGCUGUUCAGCCCUCUCAUUGCACACACACACACACACACGCACGCACA